GCAUUUUUCUGUUCCAACUUGUAUACCACCAGCACACUCUAAACCUCUAUGCCCAGAUCUGGGCAUAGAAGUCUCUUGCUGCAAGACGUUAUUUCUGUUAGAUACUCUACAAUGGUUAGCGGACUCAUUUCCGCUGCAAGUGGUAGGCCUCCUGCUCCUCGUGUGAAUACUAGGAGUGGUGGAAGGCGUGGGUCCCCUGUACGUGAGGGGGACCGAAACUCUUCAUCUCAGCAUAGAGAACGAUCUCGUUCUCCUCGUCCUGGCGGAGGUAACGGCGCAGUUACCGCUUUGGAUUUGCUGAGUGGCGCGCGUCAAGACCCUGUUCAGCACGUCGAAAACGCGGCAGGGGACGCGGAUCGUAACACGUCACGCAAUCGCGAUUUCCCCCCCGGAUUUCAAGGCGAGCGGCGUAACGAGCAGAACCGCGUCGACACGAACCCGACUGCCGAAAACGCCCCCUCCCGGCCCCCACCUACCGAACGCAAUCAUGACGGUCCUGCGCGCGAGGACCACAAUCAUGAUCGUGAUACUGCGCGCGCAGGGCGUCAUCAUGAGCGCGAUCUCAACGCCCCAGCGCCCCAGAUUCGCCAGGAUCGCCAGGAUCGGGACCGGGAUCGCGCAGAUCGCCGCACAGAUUUUGCUCCUGCCGCAGUGAAUCCGCGCGGGAUUCCGCAGAUCUCGACCCCUGGAGCAGCAGAAAUCGCCGAAAUGAUUGCGCGCCUGGAUCCUGCAGCCCAGCGCAAUCUCCAGCGAAUCUUCACAGGAGCUGCUGGCGAACGCGUUACAGCACGCUCCACUGCAUCUACAGCGCCUCAUUCUGCAGAACAUAAUUCUGCUCGCUACACCGACAACAAUGUUAACGUCGGCACCAACAACGAGGCCAUUCACCACGUUCUUGGUCUUCUCGCGGCGCUCCAGCGUGGCAAUGGCGCCGAUCCCGCACCGCCACCGGAACCAGCACGCGUCGCAGCGACGGUGGCCCCACGCUCUCGCCUCCCGGCGCCCGCCCCCGAGCCCGUUGACGACGAAAUGGACGAGGAAGCACCCCAUGCCACGCUCGACGAAGGUAAUGCCGCCCGCCCGAAAUCCGCUUCUGCAUCGCUCACCCUCGCUCCUAUUCCACCUGCACGUCCUCAGUUGCGCUCUUCCUUAGUUAAAAGCGAUGGAAUUCGUACGCAACUUUUUAGUUUUGAGCGCAUUCAAGCUAUUGCACGUCAUGCUAUCUCGGUUUUACCACUUGACGGUGGAGAACAAGCCGCCGACUAUCUCCAGCAGAUAGUAGAGGAGGCGGAAGAGAAGAUUCAUUUUUUGUUUACCGCCGAUCAACGCGGUUUCGAAGUGGCCAAUAUGGCCCUUAAGAUUAAGUAUGGGGAAGUGGUAGAGGAUAAGAAUGUGAAGGCCGCUUCUCAGAUUGUAGCGGCCAGCAAGAAGAGGCCCACUCGGCCCACCCAUCCCACCUCCCGUCCUGAACCCCCUCUUCGCCCUCGCGGCCAAGGGGAGCGCCUUUGGAACACAUGGCGUAGGGACGGCGACGGCCGUUGUUUCUAUUGCCGUGAACCCGGGCAUGGGAUGGCUAAUUGCCCCCAAAGGGGCCAAGGGGCCAAUCGGCCAGCUAAGAUUGUGUAAAGUUUGCUUAACCUCUCCGAUGUUGUAGCGUUCUUAAUUUAAAAAAAAAAAAAAAAAAAAAAAAAAAAAAAAAAAAAAAAAACACACACACGCACAUUUAGCUCGGAACCAUUUCGGCCUAUGCCGAUGACGCAACCAAGAUUACCCGCAUGCAAGGCCGCCUCCGUGACCGCGCUGCAUGGUGGUCCGCCUGGUGCGACAGCCGCUUGAUUCUAUCGGUGAUUACAUCUGGAUAUCGCCUACCAUGGGUUGCCUCUGAGCCCCCUCCGUCUCGUACUAAGAACCAUGCCGGUGCUUUGCAAUUCACCUCUUUCGCCGUAGGCGCAGUGGCCGAGCUUCUCGCCACCGGCGCAGCUCGGGUCGUUCCUCCUUCCACAACCCUCACAUGCGUUAGCCCCUUAAACGUGAUUGUCCAACCCUCAAAAAAGAGACUGAUAUUGG